UUUGCUAUCGAUCCCCCGGCCUUCGCUUGCGAUCAAUAGUCAGUUGGUCACAUGCAGGUGAGCGGGAUAGUAGAGCAGGUGCGAUGAUGGCAGGCGCUCUGUUCCGGAGCUUGCAAGCUCUGGAGAUGACGCUGAAUGAACCGACUGCUAGGUGGAUUGUCCCUCUGAAUGAUGGUAAUCAUGUGGUGGAGUUCGAGCAUGGCACUGCCACUGGGAGACGAGUUGUGAAGAUUGAUGGGAAGACUAUGGUUCAUCGGGAGUGGAUGUUUCGACUCGUCGGGGACGAAGUGGUCAUGUUCGGAGAUACUAAAUUCGUGAUUCGUGUUGAUCCUAUACCAGGUCUCAGAUAUUCAUACACUCUCUGGGUGAAUGGCAAGAGCUUCAAAAAUUUUGUCCAGUCACAGUCAAAGGUUCUUGAAUCCUGGGUGGCAAAAAUUGGAGAUAAUAAGUAUAGGAUUGUGUUAGAUAAGACAACGCAAGCUGUGUGGGUCAAUGGAGAGCAAAUCGACGUGGAGAAUGAAUUCAUUGAUGGAGGUGCUGAAAUGCUGUUUCUCCUUGGAGGUGUACCAGCAGUCAUUCGCUCUUGCAGUUCAGAGCAAAAAGGUGCUGGCAUAAAGUACAUACUUUACGUGGACGGCAUAGAAAUUACUGAACAAAAUUUGCUGUCACCGAUAGAAUAAAUAUUCGAUAAUAUUCGGUAAUUGAU